AGUUAGUGGUAGUCAUGAUACUUUUGGUGAAAACAUUAACUCUAUAGGUAUUCCCGAUCGUUUGACCAACCGUCACAUUAUAAGAUCAGCUAAUCAUAAUGUUGAAAACAGUUAUAUUUGCUACGAUUCCAUUGGUAGUGAUAGUGCUUUUAUAGAUAACGGUGGUGGUAGUUAUGGAUACUUUAAUGAUAGUGUUGCAUCUUUGGAUAAUUGUAAUAAUACUUCUGAUCGUCUAAUAAAUCAUCAAAUUGCAAGAUCACCUGAACCUAAUGAUAAUAGUUUGAGUCAAAGAACCAUCGGCGGUAGUAGUAGCAGUGGUGGCAAUAUUGAUUAUAAUGGUUAUGAUGAUGAAUAA